AUGGAGCCGGUCAGACGGCUCUCCGAGAUCCGCGAUAGCCACAGCGCAUACGCGCCCCUCCACCUCAUCGUCACGAGAUUCGAGCUUGGCCGCGACGGAGGUGUUGGAGGUUUUCUCCUUCCCCACAAUCGUGCGCCGCGGGAGAUGGAAUACCUUGAGGAGCACCCCAUCUCCCUGUGGACUGAGAAGAGCACCGAGAAGGAGCAGUUCGGUGUUGGCUUCUACCCCAUCUCCCUUGCCGAGAGGGUCAUUGUCAGCACGAAGCACAACAACGAUGAGCAGUAUGUGUGGGAGUCCCAGGCUGGUCGUUCUUUCACCGUCACUUGUGAUACGUCUGGGGAGCAUCUCGGCAGGGGUACCAAGAUGGUCCUCUACCUCAAGGACGACCAUUUUAGCUGUAUUGGAUGUUUGCUUGUUUGGUUUAUUCCUGAUCUGAACUGCUCGUUAAGGGAUGCUCCACCAGCAUCCUGCUGCUUGGCAAUGGACGACAAGGACUUCCUCAUGCAUGAGGUGUCUUCUAAGAUCUACGGUGACAAGAUGGUGGUCUGUGUGGAUCUUGUUAUAGUGAGAGUGUUAUGCUGGUGCUGGCUUGAAAGAAGGGCGGAAAUGCUCAACAAUCUAUUUCCUGCAGCAUUUAGCUAUUUACAUUAUGAAAUAUGUGGACAGUAG